UUUCCUCUCUGUUAUCAUAUAUUCUCAUCGGACAUAUUUUUUGACUGGAGCGUCUAUAUAGUUUAGGAAGAGUGAAUGUGUGUGGAGACAUGGUACAAAAACGGAAACUUUACAGCAGUUUCAGAUUUUCGGUUGUUAUGUGAAUGGGUUAGUUUUAAAGCAGAUAUUAAUAUUAUUUAAGGUUAUUACACAAAUAUAUAGCUUUUGAAGUACUUAUUAAAAACUGUUGGAACAUGUCUGUAUAUCUACCAAAAGAAUCAUUAUACACCCCACGUAGAGUGCAAAAAUGUUUAUUUGGAUCAGGUGAAAGUUCAAAGAAAAAGAAGAUCUGUAGAAUUCAAAGAGAUUUAAACUAUUCAAACAGUUCAUCUGGAGAAGAGUCAGAUUUGGGGCCUAUGAAUGUUAUGGAGCAUUCUCCACAAAAGGGAAUAUUACUAGAUUCACCAAAAUUUCUGUCUAACUCUCCAUUCAACAAUUCUAAUAAGCAGACAUCAAAUCAGACAAUACUCGAUACAUCAGAAAGACAAUUUGGCAUAGAGCUGCAGAAUAGUAUAAUAGAAACACCACAUAAGUCUAGAAGUCCAAAAAACAAAUUAAUAACAUCAUUAAAUUUAGAUAGUAAAAUAUCCUUACCAAGAGUUCAUAGGCGUAAAUCGCUUAAUAUUCUUGGUAUCAUUGAAAAUUCACCUGAGAAAAAAGAAAAUAACUUAAAGAGACAUGCAUUUGAAGAAUUAGAAAAUACAGUUACAAAAUUGCUAAAAACUGAUGAAAAUUAUUUAAUACCAAAAGCUAGAGCAGCUUUAUUUCAAGAUAGAGAUUAUAAAUCAAAACUGAAGAAUAUAACACUCAGUACUAGAAAUUUUUAUAGUAAUUCUGAGACCAAACGUGACUGUAAAAUCAUCUCUGAAUUAGCAGAACAAAAACGACGAGUGAGUUUUAUAAAACAUGCAUCCAACUAUAAAAGAUCUAUGAAAAAACAUACAAUAGCAGGAAUUAAUGCUGGUGUGUCACAUGGUAUUAAGAAACCAAAACUGAAAACACAUUUAGAUAUAAAACAUAAUAAUAGUACAGGGAUGAUUAAUGUACAAUAUACGAAUAUACAAGAACAUUUUUCAAAAAAAGAAGAGCAAAGAACAGAGUUAGUAAGCUCAUCGCCAGAAGAAAGAAUUUUAUCACCAGAAAUUGAUCUUAAUAAACGCUUUUUCAAAAUUAAAAGGUCGUCAAAGAGAAAUUCUUCAGCUAUAGUAACUAUAAAUAAUAAUGUAAAAUUAAAGAUUCAGUCAGAUGGUAAAAUGGCACUAAAUCGAAAGAGUAGUAAACAGGCUUAUAGACAACCGAAACAUGUAGAUACUUCUUUUGAUGCAACUGAUUUGUCAGUAGAUGAACCAGAAUUGGAAACUGCCAUAGAGAAAGAAAAAGUAAGUAAUAUAUUAAAAAUUUUGGAGAAUGAUUGGGCUAAUGAUGAUUAUGAUACUAUGGAAGUACUAAUUAAUGAGAGGCAUGAGCAUAUUUCACCAUUAAAGCCAGUAGCAGUAUUGAAUGACGUUACUAUGUCACCAGCAAGUGAACUUAGUACUAUGACUUCAACUAUGAAUAUUAAGGACAUUAGUACACCAACAGUUCACAAAAAUAUUUCUUUGGACAAUAAUGAAGUUACAUCAGAAGAGAAAUAUUAUCCAUUAUUUAAUAAAGCUUACUCGCACAAUAAAAUUUUGAGUGGAAAUAAUAAAAAAUCCACAUUUAAUGCAAAAGAAACUACAAAUUGGCAAUUGUCUAUGAAACUAAAUGGUGAUGACAAUCAAUAUCAAUUGGAUGCAGGGCAAAAGAAUUUUGGAGCAACACAAUGUGCUGAAUGCGGUAUUGUAUAUCAAAUUGGGGAUCCAGAAGAUGAAAAUGCUCAUUUAAAUUAUCAUAAUAAUAAAAAAAGUUUAAAAUUUUCCGGUUGGAAAACAGAACGUGUAAUUAUGGAGGAUCCAUUUACAUUAAGUCGAGUAAUCUUGGUAGAACCAAGUGAUUCGAAAAUAUGUUGGAAGAAAGUAAAAGAAGUUUUAGAAUAUGUUGACAGAGAUUUAGGAUUAGCUUGCACAAAAUUACCGGAUUACGAGGAGAAAAAAGUGUAUUUAUACAUUAGGGACAAAGCUAUUAUAGGAGUAUUAGUCGCGGAACAUAUAACGACUGCACAUCGCAUGAUCCCUGAAUUACUAGAAUUGGACUGCUGUACAGCAGAAAGUAGCCCUGCAAAAUGUGGUAUCAGUGUUGUAUGGACGGAUUUAAAUCAUCGUAGACAGGGGAUAGCCACAAAAUUGAUCGAUAUAUUAAGAGCUCAUUUUUAUUUUGGUUAUGUAAUGCCUAUAGAUGACAUAGCGUUUUCAAUUCCAACUCCGAGCGGAAAAAUAUUUGCUGAAAAAUAUACCAAAACACGGAAUUUCAAAGUGUAUAGUUAAAUGUUAUUUUUGAUAAAAAAAAAGUCUAUCAAAAUUUAUGGUAAUAGUACUAUUUAUCAUUCAUCUGUUACUAAGUCUAUGUACAAAUAAUAAUGUUGUCACACAACUUAUUAUACUGA